CAAAGGCCUUUCUCUCCAGAUGCAGACAUCAACUGCAUCACCCAACACCCAAGCUUGGUGAAGUGUGCCAACCCUUCUCCAAGCCAUCUGCCACUCCAUGCUGUGCUAUCAGGGAGCAGGGCUGCGAGUUGAAUAUGGCGCCUCCGGGCGCCCCGUGCGCGCGCGGCUUCCGCGCCCCGUGACGCGAGCCAUGCCGGCAGGCAGCUUCCCACGGAGCUCAGAGAGUCGAACGACCGAGAGGCAUGCCUUCAAGCCGCCAGAGCAGGGCGGCACGGUGUCUCAGAGUCGAGCAGAACGUUGGCAGAAAGCCACUGGAGCCCGGACACCGUCACCCAAGAAGAGUCCCAAGAGAGCUGUCUCUCCUGCGUCGGCGCGCAGUGCCAAAGCUCCCUCACCGAAGAGGAGUCCAAGUCCACCGAAGGUACCCCCCGGCAAGGCCAUCCAGUUGCUUCAGAAGCCGCUGGCCAAGGAUGACCUGGACUUGAAAAAGGUCUACCCACCCGAGGAUCAUGAGGAGAAAUGGUUCACCUGGGAGCCGCUCAACCCUUUGCCAGGGAGGCACGGGCCACACGACUUCGGUCCUCCUAGGCUGGGCAUGUCUCACCCGCCCAAGAACGCCAAGGUGCGGAAGGAGUUGCUGGCAUAUCUCUACGCACGUAAGGUCCGACCACCCAAGAGGAUCAAGCGGGAGAAGAGGGAAGAUGAGCCGGAAGCUGAUGUGUUCAGUCCUGUGGAACGAGUGCUGGAGGAGCCCAAGCUUGACCGAAAUCCAGGCCGAAGCAAAAGGAUGCGAAAGUCCUCCAGCUUGCCUCUUCUGCGAGAUCUGCGCUCGUCCACUGAAGAUCAGGUGGGGACACAGACCGAGAUUCUUCGGCAGAAUUCCCGCUACCUCGGCUGGGAGUUGGCGGAACGAGAUCUCAAGGAUCUGGGGGAGCUAACGAUCUUCCACAACAAGAUGCUGCGCUUCCGACGUGGUGCACAGUCCCCGCCGCAGGCGAGCCCAGCACAGCGGCUCUACCAGUUGAGGAUGAUGAUGGAGCAUCAAGAUGGACACGACCAGGGACCAGCGCCUCUCGAAAGGGUGGCAAGUCCUGCGCGGACCUCACCCCAGACCUUGCACUUCGAGGAUAGUGGCCCUCUCACCACUGGUGGUGAUGCCAGUCCAGCCCGCUUGCGUCGGCUGGCGCAUCAGAUGCAGUAUGCAGGCCCUGGGCGGGUGCAACUCAUGGCACGCGCGGUCGGCAUGAAUGUGGCCACCGGCGGUCGCCGGAAUCUCUAAGAGAUGCCCCGGCG